CACGAAAUAUUUCAUUGAACUAAAUGAACGACACACUCAAGUAAUAAACAAAGAGCAAAUGGCCGGCUAAUAAAAUAAAUGGGACGAAAGAGUAACAUCUCAUAUAUAUUUAAUAUUUUUAAAGUGCAGUAACACACAAAAAUAUGUCUCGACGUCGUGCAAUCAAUUCAUCAUAUACGCCCCUCGAAUCCGAAGACACUCAGGAUAGGGAGUACGAUGCCCCCGAUGGAUUUGUGGACGAACAAUUCGUUAAGCCUGAAAGGAAAUUUCCAUGGAAAACAGUUUUAUUUAUCAUAUUCUUUUUUAUAGCUGGAGCUACUUGUUUAACAUGCAGUAUUUUAGUUUCCAGUGGAUAUAUAAGUGAAAAGUAUGCUGAUCGAGCAUGGCCUCUACUCAUAUUGGGAAUAUUAAUGUUCAUCCCAGGUGGUUAUUAUGGUUACAUUUUACUAUGCAUUUGUUUGAAACGUGAUGGAUUUACCGUUGAAGAUAUACCAAUGCUAUGAAUAGAUAGCAACAUUUAUAUUAAUUGUAUAUAGAAAUAUAGUAUAUAAUAAACUAGUUUGUUUUAUAAAUCGCUGUCUUUAAUGCAAUAAAAAAAUAUCUUAAACGUAUACUUAAUGUUUAUAUUUAAAUAAUAUUUUAUAAAAUAAAAAAAAAAAAUAUGAAAACACA